GACGAAUUGGCGUGCGGUAUUUUGUAAACCUAAAACAGUAAUGGCGGACAAACCUAAACGAAGAGCAGAGCGUUCUCCUCCUUCUGCAAAUUCUUAUGAGUCCUGUGACAUGUCCAACACCACGGACUGUGUGCGGGUUUUAUUGAAGCUGCUCGCAGAGUUCGGAAACGAGCUCAAGGCAGGUGAUGGUGCUUUGACAAUACAAAUCAACACAGAUGCAGUCACUCCUUUAUCUGCAGCUGCUGACACCUACUGUUGUUUACAGGAGCACAUCAAGAAAUUACAGGCUGUGUCCGAUGGCCUAAAAUCACUUGUAGACAAAACCUCAGACGAUGCCGUCACCUCCUCAACACUCGGAAAGCAGACUCCAGAUCCAGUGACGCUCUGUCCCCUUGUCUCCGAGGCUAACAAGUCGCCUGAUGACGUCAUGAUUCAAAUCCGAGCUGGGAAGUCAGAGAUUGAGCGAAGAAUAUCUGCAUUUAUGGAACGCAAGCAGAUGGAGAUCAAUGAAAACAAUGUGCGCGAGUUUUGCAACGUGAUUGACUGCAAUCAGGAGAACAGCUGUGCCAGAACAGAUGCAGUAUUCACUCCAUAUCCAGGUUUUAAGAGUCAUGUAAAAGUUACUCGGGUUGUCAACACCUAUGGACCCCAAACCCGUAGUGGAGGGGGCUUGGGAGAUGUCGGGGAGCAGCAGAGGGGCCCAAAGACGAGACACUGUGGAAACUCAGCCAUAGAAGAACGACUUCACAACAUUGAGACUCACCUGAAGCUCACAACAGCUGGCCCUGUUCCGUUGAGUGUCUACCAGCGGCUGAAGAAGCUGGAGGAUCGUAUCCUAGAGUUGGAAGGAAUUUCACCAGAGUACUUUCAGUCCACGUGUUGUUUUGAUGAGCUGAGACUGGUCAAAACACGGUCAUUUACUGGAUUCGGUUUACUGGAGCUACUGGACUAACAGACACAGAGUCUAAUUUGUUGGCUUCAAGGAGUGGGUCAGUGUAUUUUUGUGUGUGUGGUUAUCAGAGUAAGUGUACUUGAGGUAUACUGCAUGUCUCUUCAGUACCACAUGCUGCUUCUGUGAGUAUGUUUGCUGCUGCUUUCCAUCUGCCUUUGACUCUCUGCAUGUUUGUGCGAAAGGCUGUGGAGUGUCUUUGAAUAAACUGAUGGUGUCUUUUCAAAAUUCAGAGUACCACUUUUUUCUCUCUCUCUCUCUCUCUCUCUCUUCUGAAUAUCUGAAAAUACUCCAGUUUGGUGCUUUGCAGAAAAGCUGCCAGGAACAACAUUUUUACAUAGAAAAGCAAAGUAGACCACUCAACGAAUUCUGCAGCCGCAGAAAAGUACACAACUCUGAGAGGGUGUAGAGCUGAAGUUGUACAGUUGAAUCAAUGCAGUUUUACUUUCAUCGCGUAAACGCAAUGUUUUCUCUUUACCUCUAAUCUCCUGUUGCUUUUUGCUUAUUUCUAAGCCCUGGUUUACACUCUGUUCCAAAGACUCCGCUAUCAACCAAACAAACACCAUUUCUCAAGUGUUGGUUGUGACCCAAAUCGUGGUCAUGGGGUUGAAUGUUUUGGCUCACAUGGUUGUACUUGUCCAUACAGCAACAUGAACGUUUUAAGGCUUUCAAACUAAAUUCUACGCUAACUCCAAAAGGUCCAAAAUUGUCUGCUUUUGCUGUUCAAAUGUAUACUUUAUAUGGUGGGUUUAUGUAUACUGCGUAUACGUGUUUUUGCAAUCGCAGUUUGUUCAUAUUCAGCGACUGAAUCUUAUCUUCAAUCUCAAAACUUUCUGAAGAAAACAAGACUCGGUGUCAGGUAAACAGCUCGAUACUUCUGUGUCAUACAAUUUGAAAGCAGACUUUGACAUUUUGUACCUCACCUGAUCUAGUCGUUGUGCUGUAUUGGCAUCACCAAACACACCCACUGUGUCUACACUAGGUGUGUAUGGUAUCAACUUGCACUGAUAUGAACAAGCUCAGAAGUAUUAUGAGUUGGUUAGUAUCAUAACUGUAGAAAAGUAUCAUGCAGUAUUUCAUGUGCUUGAACACGGUGUAUGCUGAACAAUAAGGUGUACUGCGUUUUAGGCUUGCUU